AUGGCAGAUCUUCUAACGAUGCAGCAAAUCACAGAGCUAAAGGAGGCCUUUGCUGUGUUUGAUAAGGACUCUGAUGGAAGCAUUACCGUGGAAGAUCUUGGUGAGGUUUUUGAAGCCAUCGGUCAGAAGGUUUCGCGGAACAAGCUGCAGUUGAUGAUGGCCGAGGCAGAUUUAGAUGCCAAUGGAGUAAUUGAUUUCCCGGAAUUCCUCACACUGGUCGCCACCAAACUAAACGACCCAGAGGAAAAAGAGCUGGAAUUGCGUAGAGCCUUUAGCAUCUACGAUCUCGGAAAGACGGGAUUUAUCAAUGUUACCGAUUUGAAAUUUGUAAUGGGCCGUCUAGGCUGCCCACUUUCGACGGAGCAGGCAUUCGAGAUGGUAAACGAGGCAGAUAUUGACGGUGAUGGGCGCCUAAGCUUUAAUGAAUUUCGUCGGGUGAUGAAUGAAGGAUGGCCUUGA